AUGACUAAGGAUAACCUCUCCUUGACAACUGAGUUCAUCCUCAAAGGAUUUACAGAUCACCCAGAGCUGAAGACCCUUCUGUUUCUGGUGUUCCUCACCAUCUAUCUGAUCACCAUAGUGGGAAAUCUUGGCCUGGUGGCAUUGAUAUUCACAGAGUGUCGUCUUCACACACCAAUGUACAUCUUUCUGGGUAAUCUCGCUCUAAUGGAUUCCUGUUGUUCCUGUGCCAUUUCCCCCAAAAUGCUAGAGAACCUCUUUUCUAAAGACAGAAUGAUUUCCCUCUAUGAAUGCAUGGCACAGUUUUAUUUUCUCUGCCUCGCUGAAACUGCAGACUGCUUUCUCCUGGCAGCAAUGGCCUAUGAUCGCUAUGUGGCCAUCUGCAACCCACUGCAGUACCACACCGUGAUGUCAAAGAAACUCUGCAUUCACAUGAUCACAGGAGCAUACAUAGCUGGAAACCUGCGUUCCAUGAUUCACAUAGGGUUUCUGUUUAAGUUAACUUUCUGUGGGUCUCAUCAAAUCAAUCACUUCUUUUGUGAUGUUCUUCCAUUAUACAGACUCUCCUGUGUGGAUCCUUACAUCAAUGAAUUGUUGAUAUUUAUCUUUGCCAGGUCAGUUCAAAUCUGCACUAUUACCAUAGUAAUAAUCUCUUAUCUUUGCAUCCUUUUCACAAUUUUUAAAAUGAAAUCCAAAGAGGGAAAAGCUUUAUCAACUUGUGCAUCCCACUUUCUCUCUGUCUCAAUAUUCCAUUGUUCUCUUCUCUUCAUGUACAUUCGACCGAAUUCAGUUAAAGAAGAAGAAAAAGAUAUACCCAUUGAUGUUUUUUAUACUAUACUUAUUCCUUUUUAA